GGAUAAAUGCAACUGCAGAUUCACCAAGGAUCCAGCUGAUCACUGCCAAUUUGGAGGAGGAUUGUCCUUUAUCUGCUACAUUGCACUCUCACAUCUGUGCUGUAGAGGUCGUCUCUAGGUGCUGAUCCACCAUCUGGGCUGGGUACGGACUGGAUCUGGGUGACUGCAGUGAUCUUGGAAUAAUAAGUCUUCAGCUGACCACCUUCAGUCAGAAGCUCUUCAAAGACUCCAGACAGAGAUGUCACAUUGUGAAAAAUAUACAAAGUAAUUUCCAGAGUUUUAAAAAUGGAAGCAUCAGGAAAACUGCUGUCAUCAAGACUGUUUUCCCUGUGCAAGAACGGACAGUGGAGAGAAGAUGAUGUUGUUAAACUAUUUAAAGCUCUUGUGGAGCAAUAUAAUGGCAGGAAUGAAGAUUUUCACACAUGGAUUAUAAGAAUCCUUCAUCAAGUAGAGAUUCAUAAAAUAAGUGUGUCAGAUUUGACCGUUAACGAUAACACUAUGGAUCACGUGGAGGCCAAAAUUAUUGACACAGCCAAAAACACUGAUGAGAAAACAUUGGAUGAGAUCGUAAAGGAAAUCUGUGAACAAUCAUAUAUUGAUGAACAAACCAUGAGAGAAGUGAAAGAAAUUGUCCACUCUGUUUAUGAAUGUCGUUCAGCUUCUACAGCACCACAUCUACAAGGAAUAAAGCAAAAUUUGUUCAAGCUUUGCAAAGCCGUAGAAAAGACAAAGAAAUAUAAACCUCGAGUGACUCAGAUGGUAAGCUGGUGCAUUCUUGUUCUUUCUAAAUCAAGUCGGCUCAUUCAGGUUUUAACGGGAGAAGGAAAGUCAUGCAUUGUGGCAAUGUUUGCAGCAUAUAAGGUCAUGAUUGAAAAAAAAAACCCUGAUAUUAUCUCCAGUUCUCCUGUACUUGCUGAAAGAGAUGCUGAUGAAUGGUUGGCAUUUUAUAAGGAACUAAAUAUCACUGUUGACGUCAACACCAAUAAAUCAGAUGGCAAAGAGCUGAAGAAGUGCUAUGAAUGUCAGGUGGUCUAUGGUACGACUCAGAGCUUUGCAGGUGAUUUUCUGAGACAGUGUUUCCACAGAAGAGAUGUGAGACCUAUAAGAGAGUUUCAGUGUGUUAUAGUGGAUGAGGUGGACUCACUAAUGUUGGACAAAGGUCUUGAAGUGGUCUACCUGAAUAGUAAUUUGCCUCUCAUGGAACCAUUGAAUGUAAUACUGGCUGAAAUUUGGUUGAUCAUCAACCAGCUGAAGCGUUUUGAUACUGGAGAGAUUUUAGGGCCCAUUCAGCCCUUCUCUGACGUUAUGUCUGAAAUCAUACAUGAAAAUAAAAACAUUGAUCAACUCAGUAUUGUGGAGAUGGCUGUGGAUACAGGAAUUAUGCCUUUAAAAUCACCAAUAAAGAUGGAAGAAAACAUGGGAGAUGUUUUGAAACAACUAGAUAAUGCAAGUGUUGUGCAAAUGGUGGCAUUUUUAACCACGUUUGUGAGAAAUUUUCCUCAAUAUUUCUUUAAACUAUACCAGCAAGAGCCUGAUGGGACUUUAAGGAAACAAGCAGAUGACAUCGGUUCUGCAGGUAAUGAUAAAGAGCAAGACAUAUCAAUUGUUCUCCUAGGAAAUAGAAAAUGUCAUGUUGUGCACUUUGAGGAGGACUCCCUAGUUAAAUCACUGGGAGAAAUGAUUAAAAAGCGUUAUCAGUCUGAGACAGUAAAGGAACAAAAUCAAUCUCGUAUUCCAGGCCUUCAAGAUCUCAUUAAUGACAAGAUGUCAACUUGGAUUGAAAAUGCUCUGCUAGCCACCAAAAUGACUGAGGGCCAUGAAUUUAUCUUUCAUGGAGAUGGAGUUGUUCCUGUUGAUUAUGAAUGCACUGGUGUUGUACAGAACAACAUGAGAUGGGGGAACGGACUUCAGCAGUUCCUGGAGAUGAAACACCAUACUAAACUGUCCAACAUGAGUCUAAUAACAAACUUUAUGUCUAAUGUGGGUUUAUUCAAGAAAUAUCCAAACCAGAUCUAUGGGAUCACAGGAACUUUGGGUGACCAAACGGAGCUUGAUAUGCUGAAGAGGCUCUACGAUGGCAUUAAGACCUGCAAGAUUCCCUCAUUCAGACGAAGAAAACUUUAUGAGCUUGAAGGCAUGGUUAUUUCUGAAGAGGGUGAGUGGAUCAGGAGCAUCUGUAAUGUUGUUCAGGAUCAAGUAACCUCCACAGUCUAUCGAGGUCCACGAGCAGCUCUUGUCAUCUGUGAAACAAUCAAUCGUGCAGAAAUGUUUUAUAAUGCCUUUGCACGGAUCAUGUCUGCAACUAAACUAAAACGCUAUGUGAAUAACAACAGUGAUAACUCUACAGUAACAAAUUCAACAGUUCAAGCAGGAGAAAUCAUCAUUGCAACUAAUCUAGCAGGUCGAGGAACAGACCUAAAGGUUUGUGAAGGUGUAAACGAGGCAGGAGGUCUGUUUGUGGUGCAAACCUUCUUACCUCUGAAUGUCCGUGUUGAACAGCAAGCCUUUGGACGAACGGCUCACCAAGGGAGUCCAGGAUCUGCUCAACUCAUUAUGUGCACCAGCCACUUCUCUGACUCUGUUAAAAUGGUGAUGAGCUUAAACACAUCUGUCACCAGCUUUCACAAAUAUCUGAGCUAUCAUACAUCGUUGACAGAGAAUUUGUUAGAGGAUGCACUUAAUCAUUACCUUGAAAAUCACAACUUUCCAAUUCAUAAGGCAAUGGCCUCUACUCUAACAGACCUCUUAAUCAUAAAAUCAUUCUCAUUACAAGAUCUAGAAAAGGCAAAAGAAGCCAGGAACAUUGUGGUGAAAAUCAGACUCUCAAGAUUCCUUGAAAAAGAAAUUCCAAAAAUCACAAAAAAGGAAAAACUUUUUUCUGUUUACCUUGAUUUUUUGGACAAAAUUUAUAAAGAUGGUGUUCUUUCAGGGCAGCGCGAUGUAAUUGUGUCCUGUCUUCAUGAGUGUUGGGGUUUGUGGUUCCUGAAGUACUUCAGCGAGAAAACAUCCAUUGAGACAUUGGAGAAACAGCUGAACAAUGACUUGUCAAAUGCAAAGCAGAAACUGUUGAGCAAACAGUCCCCAUCUACUAUGGUCUAUUAUUACAUUAGGUCUGGAAACAUUCUACGUCAGAAGGGACACCUUGCAGAAAGCAUUGAGAUGUACACCAAAGCUUUGGAGGAAGGUGCUUGCUGGAAGUUUAUUCCUCUCUAUAAUCGUGCACUGGCCACUGUUAUGCAGAAAGAUGGUGAUUAUAUUACUAAAGCUCUAGCUGACCUUGAUAUGGCUGAAAAGGCUAUAGAUUCAUACAAGUCACAACUGUCACAAAUUCUGACUUUUGUAAAACCACCAAGUCAAGAAAAAACAUCACUUGCAGAACAGUUUCAAGUGAAGCUUGCUAUAGCAGACCUUCUCGAGAUGAACAUUCAAGAUGCUGUGAUGGAGUUGAAGAGGGCUAAAAGCACAGGAGGAGAUGUGACAUUUUUUUUGGCCAUAGACAUUUUAAUGAGGCAUGUAAGCAGUACAGAAGGAGAUGGAAAUCAACUGGAAGACAUCUUUCAAAGGACACUUCAAAGAAGCAUUGAACAACUAACAUCACAAUUUAACAGAAAUCAUCAAACUCUGACAAAGCAAAUAAAGGAUCUGAAUGACUUCACAGAUUCCCUGGAAUCCAUGCACAAGAACACUACCGUGGGCAGUUUGGUUGGGUCAUCAAUAGGAGCAGCAGGAGGAAUCGCAUCUAUAGCUGGUCUGGCUUUGGCCCCGUUCACAUUUGGUGCUUCUUUGGCAUUUACUGCUGCUGGCGCUGUUGCUGGAGUAGCUGGAGGAGUCACAAGUGGUGCGUCUAACAUCACUAAUGCAAUCAAGCAAAAAAAUCUACGUGAGACUAUUCAAAAGAUCAUCAAUGAUUUCCAAUGCACAAUCAACCCAAUGAUUGAGCUUCUGAAUAAAAUUGGUAACAUCACAGAGAAAAGAGAAUUUCUGGAGCUGCAUGAAUUUCAGAGAGCAGCAAGAGGUGCCACAGAAAUACUAAGGAUUGCAUCUGUAGCUAAUACGGCUCGAAUUGGGAAAAAGUUUGCAGAGGCUGCCAAGGAACUCCGCGUGAUGGCCGUCAGUGCUAUCCGUGGGCCUGCACAGACUGCCAAAGCUGUGCGGGCAACUGAAGUGACUGCCAAAUCUAUUCGUACUACAGCAGCAUUCAGGGGUGUACUAUCAGCUGUGUCUCUUGCGUUUGAUGUUUAUAGUAUUGUUCAAGAUUCAACAGAGCUCUCUGAAAUGAAUAAACCAGGAGACAGAAAAGCAGAAGAAAUCAGAUCAGAAACACUGAAAUUUAUUCUUCAGGUAAAAGAAACAGCUGCUCAGUUUAAGAUUUGUGUGGACGUAAUUAAACAUACCAUAGACAGAACAGGGGGCAGUUGUGGCCUAAUGCCUACAAAACACUAA